UUAUUUUCUUGUGCAUGAUCAGUGAGAGGUUCCUACACCCCUUCACCAUCAUUAUCUAGUAUCCCUCAAGCUACCUAGCUAGCUAUAGUACUCUUUGGUCAAUAUAUGAUAUGACAGAGAGCAAAACCUAGAAGAAGAAUUUUCAUCUUCUCUCCAUGCAGAAGCAAAGUAGUCAGAAGGGGAAGGAGCAAGGCAAGGAGAUAGACAUGGCAGGAGAUCAUGAAAAGGAGGAAACUCUGCCACCAGGCUUUCGAUUUCAUCCCACAGAUGAAGAACUUAUCACUUACUAUCUCAUAAACAAGAUAUCUGAUGCUAAUUUUACAGGAAAGGCAAUUGGUGAUGUUGAUCUCAACAAAUGCGAGCCAUGGGAACUUCCAGGGAAGGCGAAAAUGGGAGAAAAAGAGUGGUAUUUCUUCAGCCUUCGGGAUCGGAAAUACCCGACCGGCGUGAGAACAAACCGAGCGACAAACACAGGUUACUGGAAGACGACAGGGAAAGACAAGGAGAUCUUCAACAGCGAAACGUCAGAGUUGGUUGGGAUGAAGAAGACGUUGGUUUUCUAUAGAGGUAGAGCUCCAAGAGGAGAGAAAACCAACUGGGUGAUGCAUGAAUAUCGCAUGCACUCAAAAGCUGCCUUUAGAAAUACCAAGCAGGAUGAAUGGGUGGUGUGCCGUGUGUUCCAGAAAAGCGCCGGAGCAAAAAAGUUUCCCUCGAACCAAUCAAGGGCAGUACUGAAUCCCUACACCCUGGAAAUGGGUCCUAGUCAUGUUGUACCAUCACCAAUGAUGCAGCUGGGAGAUCCUGGCGGUCAGUUCCAUGGUGGAAGGAAUUACAUGAGCAAUGCAGAACUAGCAGAGCUAACGCGGGUUUUCAGAGGUGGCGGCGGCGGAUCUACUAGUGUCAACCACCUGCCGCCAAUGCAGACACAGUUGAGCUAUCCACUUGGAGCAGGAGGAUGCUUCACAAUAUCCGGGUUAAAUUUGAAUCUAGGAGGGGCAGGGACACAGCCAGUAUUACGAGCCAUGCAGCCUCCGGCACCGCCUCCUCUAGGAAUGCAGCUACAAGAUCAUGUCAAUUCCUCCAUGAUGACCGGAGAAACUUCAGGCUAUGGCGCGGAAAUGAACCAUGCAAACCAACCCAGCAAUAGGUAUAUGGGCGUGGACCAUUGCAUGGAUCUAGAGAACUACUGGCCUCAAUAUUAAGGGGGAGAGAAUUCGGAGUACUCUAUAAAAAUGUAGAAUAGAUAAGGUGUCGCAAUCAUAGGAAUACUUAAUUCUGUUUCUUUUAACUUAUAAACUACAUUUUGAUGAUCCUUUUCGAUCACAUUGUCGUGUUGAUUGGUAACAAACUAGCUUGCAAUCAAACUCACAGUUUCUCAAUAAGGAGAUUACUAAAUUUAGUUA